CAGUACACAACUCUAUACCAUUUGCAUGUACACAAAUCACCACAUAAACAAUGGCAGCCCGCAAUACUCUCCGUCGUUCCCUCCUCUACGUCCCCGGCUCCUCCCAACGCUUCCUAGACAAGUCGCGCUCACUGACCGCCGACUGCGUCACCUAUGAUCUUGAAGACAGCGUGACACCGCACAUGAAAGCAGAGGCGCGCUCGCUAGUGCGGAGAGCAAUCGACCAAGCCGCGCCCCCAGGAAUCCGGGAACGCGCCGUUCGAAUCAACUCCGUAGACAGCGGACUGGCACUGGGUGAUUUGACCGAAGUCCUCCAAUCACCAAACCUAACAACAAUCGUAAUCCCCAAAGUCAACUCCGCCUCCGACCUAACCUUCGUCACAGACGUCAUAACCCACACUCUAUCCCAGCAACCCCCAACAGAAAGAACCCCAAUCUCACUCCUGGCUCUAGUCGAGUCCGCCAAAUCCCUCACAAACCUAUCUCAGAUCUGCGCCGCUUCGCCCUUGCUCCAAGGUCUGGUGUUCGCAGCCGAAGACUUCGCACUAGACCUGAGUAUUACGCGGACGCCCUCGCUGAGAGAGUUCCUGUUCGCGCGGUCUGCGAUAGCAACCGCUGCACGGGCGGCGGAUCUACCAUCGACGAUUGACCUUGUUUGUACGGCGUACAAGUCUGAGAAGGGGGAUGGGUCGCCGCCGGAUGUGCUGCAGGAGGAGUGUCGGGAUGGGCGCCGGUUGGGGUUCAAUGGGAAACAGUGUAUUCAUCCGUCGCAGGUGAAGGUUGCGGAUCAGAUAUUUGGACCGGAUGCGCAGGAGACCGAGUGGGCUAUGCGGGUUGUUAUUGCGGAUGAGAAGGCUGCGAGGGCGGGGAGGGGUGCUUGGACACUUGAUGGGAAGAUGAUUGAUGUUCCUGUUGCCCAUAAGGCUAGGGCUAUUGUUAAAAAGGCUGAGGCUUGUGGGGUUGAUGUUGAUGCUUUGAGGGGGGAGUGGCAGCAUCAGGAACCAGAAUAG